AUGACCUCCCCCUGGCACCAAAAAACCCUCAAACUGACCCCCCGCCCCCGCGGCUCCUACCUCAUCACCGACGAGAUCACCUCCCUUCUCCCCGAGCUCUCGCGCUACCGCGUCGGGCUGCUCACCCUGUUCAUGCAGCACACGUCGUGCGCGCUGUCGCUCAACGAGAACUGGGACAGCGACGUGCGCCUGGACAUGAGCGACGCCAUGGACCGCAUCGUCGCCGAGGACCGCACGGGCGAGGGGAUGUAUCGGCAUGAUGCGGAGGGCAGCGAUGAUAUGCCGGCCCAUGUGAAGAGUGCGCUCAUUGGUGCGAGUGUGGUGGUGCCCGUGACGGAUGGGAGGUUGGCGUUGGGGACGUGGCAGGGGAUUUGGUAUAUGGAGUUCCGGAGGGCGAGGCAUGCGAGGAGUGUGGUGGCGACGAUUCAGGGCGAGUUGAAGCCGUAG